GGAAUUAGACCUCAUCUUUGAUCAUUAGAUUUCUGGUAUCUUGAAUUUGAACAUCAGAAAAAAAAACUAAACCAGUAGCACCUGGCGCAGUUCAAGUGCAGUAGAACGGAAGCAAAAGACGGAUAGGGACGACCAUCCCUGCGCCGAGAUGGACGAAGCGCACAACAACAGGACUUCCCUGGUCAAAGGCGCCAAGGACAUCGCCAAGGAAGCCAAGCGGCACGCGGCCAAAAACCUCAACAAGGCCGUGGACCGGGCCACCGACGAGUACUCGUCCCACCGCAGCUACAACCGCUUCCAGAACGAGGAUGAGGACGAGGACGAUGGCCGCUACCCCGCCGCCAACGACGAUGAGGACGACGGGGCCUCCAGCGACGCCACCGAGGGCCACGACGACGAGGACGAGAUCUACGAGGGCGAGUACCAGGGCGUGCCGGCCCAGAGCGAGGGCAAGGCCCGCGACGGGCAGGUGGCCCUGGGCCAGCCCGUCUCCGACAGCCUGAAGAGCCGCAAGGAGCUGGAGAGCGAGAGGCAGGCGGACGAGGAGGAGCUGGCCCAGCAAUACGAGCUCAUCAUGCAGGAGUGCGGCCACGGCAGGUUCCAGUGGCAGCUGUUCUUCGUGCUGGGCCUGGCGCUCAUGUCGGACGGCGUGGAGGUCUUCGUGGUGGGGUUCGUGCUGCCCAGCGCCGAGACCGACAUGUGCGUCCCCAACUCGGGCGCCGGGUGGCUCGGCAGCAUCGUGUACCUCGGGAUGAUGUUCGGAGCCUUUUUUUGGGGCGGCCUGUCGGAUAAGGUGGGCCGCAAACAGUGCCUGCUGAUCUCGCUGUCCGUCAACGGCUUCUUCGCCUUCCUCUCCUCCUUUGUUCAAGGAUACAGCACCUUCCUCUUCUGCCGCAUGUUGUCCGGCUUCGGGAUUGGUGGAGCCGUGCCGAUCGUGUUCUCGUACUUUGCGGAGGUCCUGGCCCGGGAGAAGCGAGGGGAGCAUCUGAGCUGGCUGUGCAUGUUCUGGAUGAUCGGAGGGAUCUACGCCUCAGCCAUGGCCUGGGCCAUCAUCCCACACUACGGCUGGAGCUUCAGCAUGGGGUCGGCCUACCAGUUCCACAGCUGGCGCGUGUUCGUGGUGGUGUGCGCUCUGCCGUGCGUCUCCGCAGUCGUAGCUCUCACUUUUAUGCCCGAGAGCCCCCGCUUCUUCCUGGAGACGGGCAAACACGACGAGGCCUGGAUGGUGCUCAAACAGAUCCACGACACCAACAUGCGCGCGCGGGGGGAGCCCGAGCGCGUCUUCACCGUCAACCGCAUCAAGGUCCCCAAACAGUUGGACGAGCUGGUGGAGAUGCAGAACGAGUCGGCCAACCCCGUGCUCAAAGUCCUCCUCAAGAUCAAGGCCGAGCUCAGAGGGAUCUGGUUGACUUUUAUGAGGUGUUUCAAUCCCCCAGUGAAGGAUAACACCGUGAAACUGGCUGUGGUUUGGUUUACUUUGUCUUUUGGGUACUACGGGCUGUCGGUGUGGUUCCCCGACGUCAUCAAGCACCUCCAGGCCGACGACUACGCCUCCAGGGUCAAGAUCCACAACAACGAGCGCAUCGAGGACUUCACCUUCAACUUCACCCUGGAGAAUCAGAUCCACAGGAACGGCGUCUUUCUGAACGACAGGUUUAUCAUCAUGAAGUUCAAGUCGGUCACAUUCAUCGACUCAUCCUUCCUCAACUGCUACUUUGAAGACGUCUCCUCAGUGGGAUCCUCCUUCAAAAACUGCACUUUUGUGGACUCUUUCUUUUACAACACGGAUAUCGAUGACACCAAGUUAACGAACUCCAGGGUGAUCAACAGCUCCUUCCACCACAACAAGACCGGCUGCCAGAUGACCUUCGACGACGACUACAGCGCCUACUGGGUCUAUUUCGUCAACUUCCUGGGAACCUUGGCCGUGCUGCCGGGAAACAUCGUCUCUGCGCUGCUGAUGGAUAAGAUAGGGCGCCUGAGCAUGUUAGGAGGCUCCAUGGUGCUGUCGGGCAUCAGCUGCUUCUUCCUUUGGUUCGGCACCAGCGAGUCCAUGAUGAUCUUCAUGCUCUGCCUCUACAACGGCCUCAGCAUCUCCGCAUGGAACUCCCUGGACGUGGUCACCACCGAGCUGUACCCAACAGACAGGAGGGGCACCGGAUUUGGCUUCUGUAACGCUAUGUGUAAGCUGGCGGCGGUGCUGGGCAAUCUGAUCUUUGGCUCGCUGGUCGGCAUCACCAAGGCGAUCCCCAUCUUGCUGGCGUCCUCCGUGCUGGUUGGCGGCGGCCUGGUGGGACUCCGGCUGCCAGACACACGAGCCAACGUCCUCAUGUAAAACCUCAGCGCAGAACCAUGUGCUGUUGUUGUUGUUCUUUUUUACCAGGUUUUUACUCAGUGUACCGAAUAAUGACUCAUUUACAGACUGGGUUUGAUUUGAAUAUCCCCGAAACAGUUUUUGCCUUCGUCAUUAUUGUAUAAGUUGUUUAUUUGUAAAAAAAAAAAAAGCUGAGUAUCUCAUGGCAAGUAUAUGUUAUUCUGAUACUUCUGAGUAAAAGACCUGGUAAAAGCGAAAAGUUAAAUGCAGUUUUAUACAAGUGGAGCUGUGGAUGUACAGACAAGGAUCAUCUGGGUUGUCAGUGAUUACAAAUCUAUCAGUUGUCAAAAAAAUUUGCUAUUUGUGCUAAAUUUGCAGGUUUUAGAAUAAAAUCAUAGAUGUAAAAGUCUGUAAAUCAACAGCUGAGACUUUCAUGGGCUCUUUCACACAUGCAAAAACACAAAAGCAUGUGCACAAAACUGCAAAAGGCUUAGACUUCUAGCAACCUUCCACUUUCAGAUCGAACAUAGUGCUGCUCAGAUGAAAAAAAGAGUCGAUAUUUUUGGAAAUACGCCUUUUUUUUCCACCUGCAGAUGCUUAGCUCAGCUUAUAUUCUAAUAUAUGACUCAUGUUUCCUGUUGGAGACAACAAAGAGUCAGCUUUUCCUCCACCGGUAAACACACUUUUAGUAAAAAUACACUCACGAUCUGAGUUCAUAUAAAGGUUUAAUCAAAUUCUUUCAAUCUAUAAGAUGUUUUCCUGGUUCAAAUUCAGAUGUCACAUUCGAUUUAGGCUUGGUUUGCUUUUGUUAGGGUAAGCUGCUCCACCAUAUACCCGGUAGGUUUUAUUAGAAACCCCAUUUCACAGCUCAGUACUGAGAGGAAAGCACGCAGAUCUAAAAAUGUGCCACUCUAAAAUUCUCCUGCAGCACCUCUAAAGCUCGUGGGCUAACAUUUCAUAUUGAGUGUGCUCUUUCCGCAUCAAGCUAUCGUAGAACACGAGCUCUCCUCGAAGCAGCUUGUGUUUUAUGCAGAGCAGUAAUUCUUAGCAGGACACAACAAACUGCGCCACAUCCAGCAGACUGCCAUAAAGCCAGUGUUUUUCUUUAUUCCUGCACACUGGGGGAAAGAAACAAAGUGCAUUUAUUAAGAAAGAACGUUCUGCUUUAUUUGUGUCUUUAUUCUCACAGGGGAUUGCAGGUCUUUUUUAAUUCACAGCCGUCAGUUUUUUUGGCUUUAGGUGAAAUUAUUUUCGCAUUGAAAAUGUCUCAGCAGCUCAGAGCAAAAUGAGGUGAUAAGAAAGUCGAACUCUGACUAAAAUUAAUUCUCUUUUGGACCAAGUGGCAAAGAGAAAAUGUGAAAUGCUCCUGAAGUACAGCAUUAGUUCAGAGGAACGACUGCAUCCAGGAACAGUAUAUAAGGGUUUCAUAUUUUUACUUCAAUGAUUAAUUUUAUUGCAUGGUAUGCUGUUUUAAAAAAAAAACAGUUUAAGACAUUACCAGUAAAAUUAGUGAGUUAAAACACCAAUAAAGAAGAGUAAAUGUAGAGAUAAUAACAAUCCGGAUGGGACUUUUUUAUUAGUAUUUGAUUUUUAUUCUUUGUCAAUGGUGCCUGGAUUUAUGCAAAGGUCAAACAGAAGAUCUGUUUUAUGUCUGAGCUUUGGAGUGUUUGACAUAUUUAGAUUCUGACUUUUCCCCUGUUAUCUUUAUGUGAUUUAUGUGUUCCGAGGUCCGAAAUGGAAGGUGCUUUUGACAUCUGAUUUAGUGCUUCUCUAAAGGUUGAUGAUCUUUAAGCCUUUUGCAGGAAUUUGCAAGAAUAACAAGGCCAUAAAAAUAUCAACAACGAAACAGUAGUUUAGUCAAAAACCGGCAACUUCAGCAGCUACAUUUCUAAAGGGAAAAGAAGUUUACAUUUUCUGCUUUUUACAGUCAAAACUUCUGGAAUUUGAAUCCUUUUGUCUGAAUGCUUCCUCUCUUGUGUCUGUACUCGUCUUGUGGCGCCGAGCUCAUCACGAAAUCUGACCUGUGAAGAAGAAUUGAUAGCACAGGGAACCCCUGUUGGUAUCUCGAUGUACUCCUCUCUUCUCAUUGCCAUUCGUCUCAUUUGUCCGGUUUCCUCAUUGGUGGGUCUUGUGCCCCCCCCCCACCCCCCCCGGUUUAUCUCCUCCUGCCUUGCUGCUGCUCCCUGUGAAAUUCAAAGGCCUUUUCUCAAAUGUCGUGCCUCUCUCUCCGUCAAGCUCAACUCUUCUUCCAAACCUUUGCUGGAAGCUUUGCUGCUCUGUCCUGCUAUCUUUCGAUCUCCUCCCUCUGUCUGUGUACACGUGUGUGCCUGUAUGUGUGUGUGUGUGUGUGCGGGUGUGUCUAGACACCAACUUUGCCAAGUUUUUUU